CGCUGAAUGAUUAGUGUGCGUAAAGACCAGUUAAGUGUUAACACUGAAGCCCUGCUGACCGAACUACUAGUGUCGUCUUUCUGUGGUCUGUUGGUUCGGGAGUCAGUCACAUGAGCUGUAUUCUGAAGACACCUUUCUAAAAGGCCCAGAAAGCUUUAUCUGCUUGGUUCUGGUUCCUUUCUGAGGUCUGCGGUCCAGAGGAGGCAGCCUGAUCUCGGGCAGCUGUUUAGCAGCCAGGUGGUCGCAGCUACUGGGAGGCUGCCGGGUGGUUGGCUUUGACAUGCCGACGUGUGGCUGAACUUAGUGAUUUCAACACCGCAGGACUCAGACCUUCAGCUCCUUAUGGCUGUAUAUGAUGAGAACAUCCUGAAGAAUCCUUUUUACUUGGCAUUUGAGAAGCAGAGACCUGACCUCUGCCGUCGGGUGGCAGACUUUCACGGCAUUGUUCUGGUUCCGUGUUGUGAAAGUUUGAAUGUCAGCAGCUACUUGGACUCUCACUUUGAUAGCUAUGUCCUACAGCCUGUGGAGGAAGGAUAUAAGACUGUUUGUGGAAAGGAAGUCAGAAUCCAGGACAGGCAGGUCAUACUAGGAUCUGGCUUUCCGACUCCAUCUGUGGUUUCGAUCCUGUUUGAGGAAACCUUCUACAAUGACCAGGAGCAGAGCUACAGUAUUCUGUGCAUCUCUAGACCUUUGGAGAUAGAACUGAGCCCGAUUGAGGUCAAUCCACCCCCAACUUAUAGUCUGAGGAGCCUGGAGGAUGUAAGGGAGUUCCUGGGUCGUCGCUCUCACAAACUGGACAGGUUCAUUCAAAAUUUCCGUCAGGCUUUCAAAGAGCAAGAGAGGAAGGGACUGCGACACCACAUUGAUUUUGUAAAUGGACUUUACACUAAAUCUGUUCAGUGUCUGCUGAGAGACUCUAGCCUGAAACUUCUGGGAAAGCAGGAGCUUCACAUGACUCUUUUCAAACAGGCCGUUGGGAUAUAUAUCCAUCAUGGUAUCCAUGAUUUAAUCUUUAACCUUGUGGGAGCACUUGAAGCCAGCCAGGAUGCUUCUUUUAACAAAAUCACCAGAAGCUUUCAGGAGCUGCAGCAGAAGGACCUGGGAGUCAAACCAAAUUUCAGCAUAAACCUGUCUCGGGCAAAGAGAGAGCUGAGUCAGCUCAACCAGCACACAUCCCCACUUCUCAAAGUGCAGUGCCUGCGCAGAGUCAUCCUUAUUGCCACUCAGACACCAAGACGCACAACGAGUAUCGAAGCUGUGGGUGCAGAUGACCUUCUCUCUGUUGUGCUUUACCUUUUGCUCAAGACUGAAAUCCCCAACUGGAUGGCCAACCUGAGCUACAUGAGGAACUUCUGUUUCAGUAACUCCAGCAAAGAUGAGCUCAGCUACUGCCUAAGCACAUUUGAGGCAGCAGUGGAGUACAUCAACCUGGGGAAGCUGCAGAAAACAGGCUCUGUCAGCGGUGACCUCAGCGACAAAGCUCUGUUCAAGGAGAGGAUGAGUCUGCUGACUCAGAACGUGGAAGCACCCAUACAAUGCCUGUUUGAGCACAUAGCAAAUGGAAAUGAAACCGAAGUGGAAAGUCUGCUGAGUGAAGGUGAUGAAAAUGUCAGGAUGUGCCAUCCUCUUUGUUCCUGUGACCUCUGUGAUGGCCGCCUGUCAGGACGCUUGAAACAACGGUCCAUCGUCACGCCGUUCUCCCGGGAUGAAAGAGGUUACACUCCUCUGCACGCUGCUGCAAUCUGUGGUCAGGCCCAGUUGAUCGACCUGCUGGUGCAUAAAGGAGCACCUGUUAAUGACACAGACUACCAUGCCCUUACACCACUGCACCUAGCCUGUCAACGUGGAUUCCAAGGGGUCUCACUUCUGCUGCUGCACUACAAGGCCAACACGGAGGCUCAGGACAACAACGGCAAUACACCGCUGCACCUCGCUUGCAUGUACGGACACGAGGACUGCGUUAAGGCUUUGGUGUACUAUGAUGUCCAAACAUGUCGUGUGGACCUGCAGAACGAUAAAGGUGACACUGCAUUGCACAUAGCAGCCCGCUGGGGAUAUGAGGGGAUCAUCCAGGUGCUGCUGGAGAAUGGAGCGAGCACACACAUCCUCAACAAGAAUAAAGAGUCUCCACUGCACUGUGCACUCAACUCUAAGAUCGUCAUGGUUUUGAAGUCGACACAGAACAGCCAUCAGCUUAGCAGAAAUGAUUCUCAGAGUUGCUCCCCUCUGGCCUCAGACUGCAGCAGCCACUGCUCCUCCGUCUCGAGCACGUAUUCUGUGAACUGUGAGGCCAAACCUGAGGCUGAGAGUGUUCAACACCGGGAGGUGGAGAAGCUGCUGCGAGCUGUGGCUGACGGUGACGUGGAGAUGAUGCGCUACCUGUUGGAGUGGACAGAUGAAGAGGAUGUAGGAGAGCUUCGGUCUGAGUCACUCUGUCAUCCGCUCUGUCAGUGUCCAAACUGUGCUCCUCGUCAGCUGCCUAUGCAGCACGCAGGAGCACUCGGCAUUAACAGCUGCAACGCAGACGGGUUCACACCACUCCAUGUGGCAACCCUUCAUGGCCACUCAUCCCUAGUAGCACUGCUGAUCCGCCAUGGGGCCAAUGUCAAUGCCCGCACCAACCAGAACGCCACCCCGCUUCACUUAGCCAGCCAAAGCAGCCACGUUCAGGUUGUGAGGUUUCUGUUGGAGUGUAAUGCCAAGCUGAACAAGAAGGAUCACUAUGGAAACACCCCUCUGAUCCAUGCGUGUAUCCGUGGUAACCUGGAGACAGCCAGCAUUCUGUUACAGAGUAAUGCAUUGGUGAACAUAGCAAACCUACAGGGUAAUACAGCUCUCCAUGAGGCAGUGCGAGGAGGACACCAUGCUCUGGUCGAGCUGCUGCUGAGGGCUGGUGCUUUGGCCAGCCUCAGAAACAGGAGACAGAGGACCCCGCUGGACUGUGCUUACGAGCUUGGUGGCAAGAACACUGAAACUUUGAGAGCUCUGCAGAAAGCAUCGGGAUUUUCCCCUGAGGCAGAACCAAUAAAACUCCUCUCUGUGCCCAAAGGAGCUCUGGCUCAUUCGCUGAUGCAGCAUCUGAAGCUGCAGGAUAACUCCAAUGGCAGAAGGCAGAAACAUGCCCAGUCUGUCAGCAGGAUGCAGCACAUGAGAAAAGGCUCAUGUGCCACUCCCCCCAGGAGUCCACCAUUCUUUAACCAGGAGAACCCAGAGCGGAGGAGACUGAGGCGAGGCGAGACAGUGGAGGUCCACAGCCUCUUAGGAAGCCCUGAUCUUCAGUCUCAUCAGAAGGAGCGACCCCUGGUUCGUUGUCACACGCUGGACUGGGGGGUUCACUCCCCAGAGCAAGCUAAUCCCCCACAUCACUCUGACACUGACUGAUCGCUUAUUAGAAACAUGGCUGUUGGGGCUUUGCAGCCAGGAGAUGCAAACGUACGUAACCUGACGUUAAAUCCCAGCCCAUGUAGAGAAACUUAAUAAAGCCCUCUACUCAGCUGAAUCCUCUGGUCGACUUGUCUUGGCUGAGAGCCACGUGACAGCUCCUUGACUGGAAACAGGCAAGACGAGUCUUUAGACGGCCUAAAUCUUCAUCUCACCACAGGGAGAGAGAAAAAUUGUGCUGUUUGCUUUUAAUUAUUUUAAUGCACUUUUUUCAUUUCAUGUAUGAGAGUUAAAACUGAUGAAUGUGCCUUAUUUAUUUAUCAGCCACAUCAUUCAAUAAAAUACAUUUUGGUGAAGUA